GUCAUCUUGAAUAUCAAGAAAUUCAUGACGUUGAGUAUAUGUACGUAAAUAUCAGAUCCCAUAAAAAGAAAUGCUGCGAUUCAAGAUAAGUAGUUGAGGCUUGAUCGUAAAGAGAUUGUUCUUAGACGGUGUUAUCCAAUUAAUGGGCGCAUCGUUCGCAAAACAACAUAACGUCAACAUGAGCAGUUCUGAGAAUAAAGAAUCAAAGAAGGAUGCCAAGCAAGGUCAGUCAAGCAAGGGCAGCAGUGCGAGACCGUUGUCUAUCGAAGGUCCCUCAACCUCUAGUAAUGUCAAUCAAACUCCGUUGCAACCAUUAUCAAAUCAACCAAGACAACCAACAAACUUGCAAGGAUUGCUCAAGUACGCCAUGGAUGCGGCACAAUCUGAAGAUAUGGAAAAUAAAUCGGUCUAUCCUUUGGAUGAAGAAAAAAAGACAUUUUUGAAUGCGGCGUUGUCAUCAUUAACGGUGAACGUAAUAGAAGAAUUACACAAAGCUUUACAGAUCUUGUCUAAUGUUGUCAAUUUACGAGCAGACGAUGAUUCGUCAGAAUAUGAGAAUACUUUAGAGAGAAUGGCAGAUUUUGUAGACAAUAUCGACAUAGCCAAUGAUUUUUAUAAAAUUGGAGGUUUCUCAGUAUUUCAACCAUGCUUGAAUUCUUCACAUAGUAAUAUCAGAUGGCGUAUAGCCGAUAUCAUUGCUGAAUUAGCACAAAAUAAUCCAUUUUGUCAAGAUAAACUACUAGAAGCUGGAGUAUUCCCAGUGUUAUUAUCUAUGAUCGAUACAGAUCCAUCAGAACAAGCCAGGAUAAAAGCUCUGUAUGCGGUAUCGUGUAUAGUCAGAGGACAUCCAGCAUCAUUAAAAUAUAUGAAUGCAAACGAUGGUUACUCAGUGCUUUUACGAGCAAUGCAAAGUCCGGUGGAAAAGUUACAGAUAAAAUCCGCAUUCUUGCUUUCGAGCUUAUGUAGUAAGAAUGAUUCAAAUGAUGUAAAAUCUACAUUGAUAAAAAUGGGAUUCAUAGAGCAAGCAGCAGGAUUGUUGGGUAGAAUGAACUUGCAGCCGGCAGUCAGGGAGCAAUUGUUGAGAGUGUUGAGUGGUAUGGUGAACGAUAACUUUUUGCCAGCAUUACAAGAGUGUCGCCGAUCACAGUUAUGUUUAAGAUCCACCUUGGAGCAAUUGUUGACAGAAUUAAAACCAAUGGAAAAUCAGGAUGAGAUCGAUAUGUGCUCCGAUCUUUUGGACAAAGUGUUUUCCGAGCCUGAUAUGAAUCAAGAGAGAUAACAAACUUGUACCUAAAAUCUUUUUUAUAAAUAAAGCAUGUAGCAUUAGUUUAUAAUGU